AUGUCCCAUACACCCUACCCGCACUCCUCAUACCCGCGCUCCCCUUAUCCGCGCUCCCCAUACCCGCGCUCCCCUCCCAACUCGCCGGCCUCUGGCUCGGGUUUUGUUGACGUCCCUGCUCCUGUGUCCCCCGACAACGCGGCCCCUUCGUCCACUGGCGUCGCACCUCCUUCGUCCGGCACUGAAUCUCCCAUACCUACUCAGCCUACCCAACAUCACCCUCCCUCGUCAUUCCCAGCUCAACCCUCUCCCUCCGAUCCCCUGCAGGCCUUUGCGUUUCUGAGCAAGAAGCCCGCGUACGCGGUCGACUUCAACGUCGGUCACUUCAAUAUCCAUAUGCAAGGUAGCGGCACCAACUCCGAAAUCGUCACCGCCUGUGUCCGACGAUGCUGUUUGGACCUCAUUUCAGAGACCGUUGCAGAGCUCUUCGUCAACUCUCCUGACUAUCGCGUUGAUUUUCAGGAGAUGGUCCAAGCGGCGGUUCGCAAGGAGGUCCUCAACAUCUACAAUGACAAGAACUUCACAAGGUUUUUCCAGCAGUGCGCUGGGCAGGAGAUACAUCGACAGAACGAGCUGGCUCGAGCGCGGGUCGCUGCCGCCAAUAGCGCGCGCAGUCGAAGCGAUGGUGAAAUCGUCGAAGAGUUUUCCCACCUCCCCACCAAUACUCGUGCUGCCUCCGGUCCUCGCUCGCAGAACGUCGAAUACACUAAGGUUCGUGGAGUGAAUGAGGAUCGCCUCCCGUUCGGUGUAAUCCCGCCGGACGGCAUCAUCAACCGCAACCUCAACGCUGCUUUCCGAGCGUUGGUUGCGGACCUGCCUCUUAGGUCCGUGAAGCUCUCGCCGUCAGUCGUGGCAACGUACAUUACUCCGCAUGCUACUUCCGCGCCGCCAUACUAUUGGGUCCCAUAUGGCUAUGCAAUUGGUGUCUUCUCGAACGCGGAUAUAUAUCACAGUCUGUGGUCUGGCGGUCGAGGGUCCGUGGGGCACCAGGUAUUUUCGCUCGAGGAAGCCCUCGACGCCAUGGAUAAUGCACUACGGGAGGGCUACUUCGGGCUUAUCCGCUAG